AUGGCUUCUGGGACGAAGUUUAUGAAAGAGAUCAGUGAUCAGUUUCUGAUCUGUAAAAUUUGUAUCGAGCCGUUCAAAGAGCCGAAGACUUUGUCCUGUUUGCACAGCUUCUGUCUGUGCUGUUUGCAGAAACAGGCCGACGCGGUUAACGAUCGUCCGUCGCGUUUUUACAGCCGUUAUCUGACGUGUCCCCUGUGUAGACAGAAGACCGAAAUUCCCACAGGAGGAAUACGAAGGCUACCGGAUAAUUUUCUUGUUUGUAGUUUAACUGAAGUUGUCAACAGACGACAGAGGUCGAAAGUCCCGCCUUGCGAAAUAUGUCAACAAGUUCGCACAAAGAGUAACGACGCGUGCUCCAAGUGUCUGGACUGCAGCAAGUUAUUGUGCAAGGCUUGUGUCCAGCUGCACGGGAGCACCAAGGUGACGCAGAAACACAGCCUGAUCGAUAUUCAGGAGGAGAAGAACAUAGAAUGCAAGACGCACCCGGAGGAGAUUGUCCGGUUUUACUGUGAACCGUGCGAAGCGUGCAUCUGUGUCGUGUGUGCUUUUCAGGACCAUCGCAGCCACGAUGUGUGUUCCUUCAGUGAUGGAUUUGCCAAAUACAAAGAUGGGUUAGAUCUGUUGCUGAAGAAAGGUCAAAGCAGAAUGGCUGACGUAGAUUCGAGAAUUAAGAUGAUUGACAACUACCAGAAGGUAAUUAAGGAAACUAGGGAAAAUAUUCGAGAUUUGGCUAUUAGCUACAUCUCUAAAGUCAGGCAGACCGAGAAAGCUCUGCUGAAAAAGGUUGAUGAUUUAGUUGGUGAUAAUACAAUGGAAUUCUUGAAAAACCGCAACUGGUUGCAGGAGAACUGGGAUAAUUUAAACAACACGUGUAAUUUGACUCAGAUCAUUAUGAAAGAUAAUGGCGUUGAAAUGCUUCUUCUAAAACAAGAAAUCCAAGCCAAGAUGGGUACAUUGCUAGAGACCGACCUUCCGGAUCUACCCAAAGAUGUUCCUAGUCAGAUUCGAUUUGUUCCGGGAGAUGUGAAAUUAGGACACAUAUCUGUGUCUGAGGGCAAAGACCAAAUAGAAAUAAAUGGCAUUGCCGAUACAAACAACAGCACGAAGUUUGAACAAACACAAACGGAGCAAAUACAACAGAAACAACUCGCUGAUAGUGUCACAACAAUGUCCUUUGAUAUGACAAUCGAGUUGGUGGACGGAUCCAUACAAACACCGUCAGUAAAUCUCAUAUCACGUGACACAUCCACCGAUAAAUGCCAGACUCGCGACAAAGGUGUUUCGGUUUAUAUUCAAGACACGCGAGCUAAAGGGACCAUGACGGACAAGCAAGAUAAGCGAUCUCUGAAAUGCCAGACAGAACGACUGCAUAUGUUUGACCAGGAGACCAACACCCCAAGACUAAUACUGCCGUCCGUAGAUGUGAUGGUGAACACGCCUGUUGCCAAGACGUCGAGGUCGUCGGUUAGCAAAGGUCUUCAGGUUCAAGCUCGAACCUCCACUAAACUCACCAACACGGACACGAUACCUAACGAUGCAGACACACUCACGUCUCCGACGUCACCUCAAAACAUUCGAAGGAACCUGGACGCAGUUUGUAAUGGUGUUGAUAUUCCCCAGUCAGAAACUCCCAAAUCAUGGAUACGCAGUCGGAAAAUACAAACAAAUGUUUCAGCCAUGGAGUUUCAUGGAGAUGAUUCAGCAUUUGUUAAUAACUUACUAAAUGGAGAUGAAAAUCAUGCACACCCAAAUCAUAAGGCGUCAGUUGAAAUGAAAGAUGCGCAAGUGAAUACUUCAUUCAAUGUGCGAAUUGUUCCAGAAAUGUUCGAGAAAGAAACAUCCCCAGAAGCCAGAACGUCAAAAGAUAUAGCAACUUCUGCCUUUCCCGUGUCCAAAGCUACAGACACCCAGACACAGCGUGUUAUGUCCAAAGAUAUUGCUAUAACUACGGACUACAGUGGUCAAAGUCAUAAGGCUACCUCAACUCAAAGAACCAAUUCUGUCGAUUGCUACACCCAGAUGAUGCAAGUGAAGCUAGAACAUAAGGUUACGUGGACAGACAAGGUGUCGACUUGUGACCGGGCCACUUGUCCUAUGUGUUUGCAGACUUCUGACAGAUCUACCUCGACAUCACCCGUCAAACAGGGUGACACAGGAAUUCAGGUAACCCCUCAGAGAAAAAUUCGAUCUACUAACACUCCCCACAUCAGUCACCAGACUCAAGAGAGUCAGACUGUCGUCGGUUUGGUGGAAUAUGACAAAGAACAACAGAGUAAUUUAUUAUCCAUGGACAAACUUAGCUGCAGCUUACCUAAUUUAGCAGGUGAAAUAUUAACAAACGAAAACAAAGAAAGCACAGAAUCUAAGUGUGUUGGUACCAAUGAUUUUGAGUGGGACAAUAUAUUAAAUACGAGUUUUAUUUCAUCUAUAUGUGAGAGUGUAGACACCGUAAACAUCCUGUCGUGUGAAAAAGAGACGUCAACCCCGCAUGUUCACUACAUAGACCAAUGGACAUUAACCACAAAACCACAACUUGUAAAUACGGGGGUUUCUCCUCCCAGGCCUGCCACAAUAGAUUCUGAGACCUCUACAAACCCUAUUAUAACAGUUGACUCAUCCACACACACAAAUGUUGUUACUCAACGAGAAAGUGCAACUGAAACGUACAUUUCCCUCACUGACAACGAAACUUUAACUGAACGGGUAUCGGUUGUGGAUGCUCAGAUUGGUGUUGAAAUCAUUAUGGAGAGUGUUGAGACAUCAAUGGACGUCCAUCACUUCCAAGAUCAGGGAUGUAUGACCUCUGACAGCGAAUCGCCGAUUAAACCAAAUUCUGAAUCCAUAGGCAUUCAGGCUGAUAUACUGAAAGACAACACAGAUACCAAGGGCUCGCUACAGUUGUCAGAAGUGGGAAUACAGACAAACUUUAGUUCUGUAGAUUGUGCAGUCUGUGAGCACCAGUUUGAGUUCUCUGAGGAGAGGCAUCAGUCUAGCUCUUGUUCCACGCGUCCUGUGAUACACAAACACGAUGUUGGGACUAUGGCCAUGUCGGUUUCGUCAUGCCUUUCUGAAGUGAUCGACCAUGGGACACAGACAUUGCAUGUGAGACUGUUGGACAAAUCUAUAGGUACUUCUCUGGAUCUUGAGGACAUGCCGCCGAGUCUGAGCUUGGAACAUCGAGAUGCUGCGACUUCAACUGAGUCGCUUCCAUACAUUGGAUUACUGAGUGAGCUGGACGUUGACGAUUUGAUAGUUGUUCCAGAAGCUCACUUUGACCUGCUGUCCAUCUACUCGACUGAUGACGAGGACGUGGAAAUGGUUGACGAUGAAACAUGCACAGAUAUCCAUCUGUAUGUUGAGGAUGGCACUCAGACACCGUUCACUGUACAGUCUCCAGAACCAAGUCCAACACUACCAACAGGACUUGAAGAUUCAAAACACUUAGUGAGUGUUGGUGUAAAUACAGUAUCGAAAAUGACCUUUGAAAAAGAGACAUGUACACCUAUACGGCACCUUUUUUCUAAAGGUACAAUGACAUUUUAUAUAUCAAAGACUGACAAAUCAACCAGUACAUUUAGUCAUACUAGACAAAUUGCAGAGACAAAAUAUGGAGGGUGUGUACAUAAGAGUCCUUCUGUUCCUAAAAUUAUAGUCGAACACAAAAACACCAUGACUUCAGUAGUGGAGUAUAAAGAUAUUGCUAUAGAAACAGAUUCUACACUAUUGGAUGGCAAAAUUACAAAGUGCAUUUCUAAAUUGAGAAAUGUUUCUGAGAAACUGAACAGUCCUACCUUUCGGCAGAGUUCUGAUGAUAUUUUCUUUGGAAAGUCCUUUGCAGGACGGUUGUCUGACUCUUCCGACCAAAGUUCGUCAACGCUACAUGACAGCAUGACCAGUUCACGGGAAGAAAAGCAUAAACAGGGGUCACCUGCAGACAAGCCUGAAUUUGAAAGACAGAAACAAAUCCAGCAAUUGUUGGCUGAAACGCAGGCUAUACUGAAUACAAAAGACAGCACAUCAUCGAACAAAAUAAGGACACAAGAAUCACCGAAACAGGUCACUGAGCAUCAUCGCCAAAAACACCACUUGCUUCAGAAAGAAAAACAAUCUGCUCUGUCGUCAGAAAGGGAACCGAACUUGAAUACUAAUACAGAUUCCCUCCCAAAUCAGCAUCUUCAUCAACACGAUGCACGCGAAAGGCAAACAGAUGAUUCUCAGACAAAUAGUAACAGAUGUGCUAAGGUUGUCGAGAGACCUCCUGGUCAGACAGAACAGUUCAAACCAGAAAAAUCCCCAGGUCGAAAAGCUCAGCCUAUAACAACAUUGAAAGGAAGAGGACCUGACAAAAAUAAGAACAGUGUCACCUUUGAAACUCACAGUCUUCCUCGCCAGUUCUCUGGAGAUUCUCAUCAAUCUGUAAAAAUGGGAAACCAGUUGAUCCCGCCAUCUCGUCUCCCUCUUCUUAGGUAUAAUUCUGCUCCUGGACGAAUUGCUACAGUGCCAACGCAGAAACUCCAAGAUAUGCAGAAAAGUAGAUAUUCACCCGUACGGACGUCUCCUCAGAGAGGUUCAUCUCCAAGUAAAAUUCCCAUCAAGGCUGCAGUCUGUGACCCAGUGAGUAAUGAAGUUGUAUAUUCACCCAAAUCAGCAUCCAAGAGUCCACAGCCGAGACCGUCACUUCCUUCAAUCUCUGAAGCGAGGACUCUGUCGUCUUGUUCAGAUACAUCAACAUCUUCAUUUGUCUCGGCUGACUCUGGAGAUUCAGGGACUCCUUCUUUGACAAUUUCGACCAUCACGACAUCGUCAGACCAAAUGGAAGCUAGUGCCAUGCCGACAACAAGCAGCCGAUCAUCGGCAGAAACGUCAUCGAUCGGGUCAGGGGACUAUGCUGACGAUGGAUGCAAGGCGUCUGAUGGCAAACAUCAGAAAAAGAGUGGCAGUUUAAACUUCAUGCAGCGUCUGCUUUCGAAGAAGAAGAAGGAACCAGAACCUGAAGUAAAACCAGAACCCAAAUCAGGAACACCAGGAGCGAAAUAUAGGGUGAAACAGACACCCCCAGAGCAACCAAAGCCACCAGCUGCUCCAAAGAAAGCAAGGGCAUUUGUUUAUGUAAGACAGAGGAUAUUUUCAAUCCAACAUGAUAAUGAGGACGAAAUGAAUGAGAAGCGAAAAGACAAAAACAAGCAGAAAAAAUUGGAACAAUCGAAGAAUGGAAAAAAAGGCAGUCAAUCUAACCAGGCAGAUUGACGGCAGGGGAUACCUUCGAGUUGUGAUUGGCUUAUUACCUGUUGUCAUAGGCGACCAGAUAAUGCAGAUUUAUAGAGUGAUUUUAAAAAUAAAAGUGGAUUCUUAUUUACAAUAGAUAUUUUUACACGCAUCCACCAUAUUUGGUUUGAACUACAGAUAACAAUUAAACAACCAAAAGUGUUUUGUGCGGAAUUCUAAAUUUGACAAGUUGACGUGUUACAAAGUGCACAUAGAUAUGAACGGAAUAUAUGUGCGAGUGCUGUGUUUACAGGUCGCCACUGGUCUGUACUGUUUAUAGCCUGAAGAAAAUGACUAAAUAUAACUGUAUGGAACUGUUCACUAGUAUUCGGUCGCUUGUGGUUCGUAGUGCAACUGCCUGCACUUGAUAAAUGGUAAAUUGUGAGUUGUAUUAGCCUCUAAUAGCCUUGCUGUAUCCGCUUAUUUUAAUAUUGAUCAUUAACCAAACACAUCCAUUCGUAUAGUUUAUUUUCCCCAGACUUAUACCCAAUUAAUGUUCAAGGUUACUGAUAUGUGGUUUAAUGAGAGAGAGAGAGAGAGAGAGAGAGAGAGAGAGAGAGAGAGAGAGAGAGAGAGAGAGAGAGAGAGAGAGAGAGAGAGAGAGAGAGAGAGAGAUGGAAGCUAUUGUGUUACACGAACUCGGGUAACUAACGCCCGCAAAGCUCGAAAUUAAUUUUGUAAAAGGGACAUUCCUGAGUUUGUUGCAUUGUAAGAUGUUUCAGACUAAUAAAAUAUUUCUACGA